AUGUUUAAAAACUAUUCCAACCCAAUUUCAAAGGGCGAAGAAAAGCACAAGACUGAAGUAGAACUGUGUAAAAUGGCGGAUCAUGUUGUAGGAGUUGGACCCAAGUUGAGUGAGGCCUUCCGUUCAUAUCUACGUAGCUGUAGAAAAGAUGACACUGUUCUUGACUUCACUCCUGGAGUAUUUGAAGAGUUCGCAGCCUUGAAGCAGGUUCCUAGUGAACGGCAACAACGUAGUGUCUUAGUGUUUGGUCGUGGAGACGUAGAAGAUUUUGAAUUAAAAGGGUUUGACAUUGCAGGAAAAGCGAUUUCUGCAUUAGAAGAUACUCGUCUUGUGUUUGUUGGAGCCCCAGAUGGAAAACACGAAGAAAUAGCAAAACGGUUGACUGAAUGUGGUGUUCCUGCAAGGCGCUUGAGAGUAAGAGGAUUUGUUAAAGAGCGAGAGAGUUUGAAGGACUUGUUUCAAGAAGUGGAUCUUGUAAUCAUGCCUUCAAGAACAGAAGGCUUUGGAUUGACAGGACUUGAGGCCCUGUCAGCUGGUCUCUCUGUGCUCGUCAGCAGUAACUCUGGUUUUGGAGAAGCUUUGUGUUGUGUACCUUUUGGUUCAACAUAUGUUGUUAACUCAGAUGAACCCAUGGAUUGGACCUCGGCUAUUAAGAAAAUCUGGGCCAAGGACAGGAAAAGUCGACUGGAGGAAGCGAAAAUGUUGCGUGAUUCCUUUGACAAAAAUUACAACUGGGCAAAACAGAUUAAAGAUCUUACUGAGAAGAUGAUCAGUUGGGUUCACGGUAUGAAUGUCAAUUUAAUCAUGUACAUUAUUUUAAUCAUGUAUUACUUUAUUAAUUUGCACAAUGUCAAGUAAUAAAUAUUAUUAUUAUUUAAAAAAUGAAGUGAAUUCUAUUAAAUUUAUUCUUAUUGUUAUCAUUUUAUUAUGUAUGUAUUUUUUUUUUCUGCAAAAAAUAUUUUUUGUCAUACAUUUGAGAGCUUGGUUGAAAGUGGUUUUUUGGGUGACAGACAGCAACCAGGAGUGGACAGUGGUUUUACUCAACAAAUUGUCUCUAUAAGGGUUAGACACCUAGUAAUACAAAAUAUUAUGGUAGACCCAUGGCAGUGUCAUGGCAUGUUAAGAGGUAAAAGCCUUAAUUCCAGUUGCCAUUUGCAGGGUUGUCAAUUGAACCCAUAACCCGUAACACCUGGAAAAGUACAAAAAAUACAAAAAAAGUCUCUGGAAAAAUAGUAAAAACUCUGGACCUUUUUUUCAUAGCUAUACAACAGUUGCUUAAUAAGUGAUUUUUUCCCUGUGGUCAAUUUCCAUUCAAUCUCCCCUGUAUUGAAGACAUUUAAUCACAGAAUGUCCACAUUACACCUUGUUUACCAUAAUGUUUACAGUACAUCAUGAAAAAAGCUUGGAUCCGGUGUUUUUCAAGGUGUUUAAGUGAUCACCUAUUAGUUUUGUUAACCUUGAAAUUAUCUGGAAAAGUAAAGUAUUGUUUUGGAAUAAGUCAGCACAAACCCUGUAGUUAAAAGCUUGUAGAAUUUGGCAACGGUUAAUUACUUAUAGCAACCAUAAAAAGUGAAAAUUUUGAUUAAUGAAUUUUUGUCAUUCUGCCUUAUAGAUCCUGAAUCAACUCACUUUGCUUGCAGUAAUGAGAGAUUAAAUUAUCCCCAUUUAUGUCGUCUUCUAAUCACCUUGGGUUCAAAGGCACUCAGGGCAACCUUUGACAAAAUAAUUCCACCACAGAGUCUUCAUAUGUGUUUGAAACAUCAAGCACACUCUAAACUUUUGUUACUUCGAAAGCGAGGGGUGUUAAACUCACUCCAGUGGAGUAAAUUGUAUCCUUCUUCAUCCUCUGAAGUGACAUCUGCAAGCUUUGAUAUCCCCCUCUUCAUAGUGCUCUUAAGGACAAUCUGUAAUCUGAGUCCUCCACCCGCUGGCUGGGACACACCUCCUCUCACAGCAGACACCAGUCGUGAGUCUGACAUUGCCCGUGUUAGGUGUUUCAUGAAUGCUGUGUCUAAACAUGCUGGAAAAGGCUUCAUCAAUGAUGUUGUGUUCAGUAACUACUGGCAGCAGAUUCGUGACACUCUGUUGAGAUUGGGAGGAGCCCAUUAUGGAGAUGCCAUUGACGAAAUAAGGGAUCAGGAAAUGGACCCUCUGGAGGAAGAACAUUUCAGGGAACUUCUAAAGCAGUGGAAGAAAGUGGAGGACGAUAUCAAAGACAAGCUGAGUGAACUCGAAAAUGAAUUUAAUGAGUCAGGUUAGCUUUAGUUAUGUGUGCAUUGAUCUUGCUGUUAUGUAGCUGACUCAAUAAAGGUUGCUUUGGGCAUUGGUAAUUGGGCACUUUGAAGCUAUUGUUUGGUGGUCACUCAAGCAAAUCAUCAAAUUCUUAGAACUCAUGCUUAAACACCCAAUGCCCAAUUGCUAAUGACCAAUAUUGUCAAAGCAACCUUAAUUGAAUUGGGUGUAUCAAAGAUUCAGCUUGGCUGCACUUGCUUCGCAAUCU